UAUACAUUUGUUCCACAUUUCGCCACUUACUUUCAAAGCUUUACACUUUGACCCUUAGCCUCACCGAGUGGACUCGGUAACUCGGUCAACAACGAAUCUUUCCCAGACGAAAAGAAGAGUGCGAAGCUGUGUUAACCUAAAAAUGGCGACUUCGAUGAUCCAGAGGAUGUUCAAGCAAGGCACGAAGAUCGUCGGCGUUGGUCUCAAUUACGCUUCACACGCCAAAGAGCUUGGCAACGCACUCCCAAAGGACCCGAUUGUGUUCUUAAAGCCAACAUCUUCCUACUUAGAAAACGGUGGAACGAUUGAGAUCCCACAUCCUCUGGACUCACUUCACCAUGAGGUGGAACUCGCUGUAGUGAUCGGACACAAGGCUAGAGAUGUCCCUGAACGUUUAGCCAUGGAUUACAUCGGAGGAUAUGCGAUUGCUCUUGAUAUGACUGCUAAGGAACACCACGUUUCUGCCAUGGCAUCUGGUCUGCCGUGUACACUUGCUAAAGCACAGGAUACCUUCACUCCCAUCAGCUCUGUUCUACCAAAGGCAAUGGUGGUUGAUCCCAAUAACCUGGAACUCUGGCUUAAGGUUGAUGAUGAGAUAAGACAAAAGGGUUGGACAAAGGAUAUGAUCUACAAGGUCCCGUACCUCAUCAGCUACAUAAGUUCUGUAAUGACCCUUUUCAAAGGAGAUGUCAUCUUGACAGGUACACCAGAAGGUAUAGGACCUGUUAAGAUUGGUCAGAAGAUAACCGCUGGAAUCACUGGUCUUUCUGAAGUUCAGUUUAGUGUCGGUAGGCGUGUAAGACCAUUGUUGAGCUCCUAGUGUUUGUUUGUGAAUCUUUUACCGUGAUUUAUUAUUGUAUAAACUUCAGUUAUAAAGUUGCCCAAAAAAAAAAACUUCAGCUAUAAAAGCAUUCAAGUUGAUUUC